AUCUUUUUGGCUUUUUUGAUUGUCUGAGCACCCAGAGAGCACACGCGUACGUCAAGCUACACCACCUCGAGGAAAUAUCGAGAAAGAAACCGCAAAACGGCCUUCCCCCACCGCCGUUCCCUCAUCGACUUCUGACUUCAUCGCACUCACAUCAGAGGAACACGAUGAACGCUCUGUUUGGUCUGUUUGGUCGCACCAAGGCGCCGCCAAAGCCGAAGGUCCCCAUCUAUCGCAACGAACUUGAAGGAACCGAGGGAGAGGGGAGCGACGCCAAUGAAUCGACAUCGUAAGCAGAAGGGGAGGGACGAAACAUGGUCGUGGCCUGGCCCACUAUGUCUCUCUCUGUGCAGGCCGGGUUUCUCGCCCGCCAAGACGGCAAUCUUCGACAAACGCAGCGACUCUCACGCAAGGUGAGCACUUCCACACUCAUUCGCCGUCUGUGGGCACGGAUCCCUGUGUUGUUUGUCGACACACAACGACAGCAAUUUCCUCACAUCGCAGCUGCUGCAGAGUUCGACAGUAGACAAGAUCAUCCGCCGGGGUCAGCUGCCCACCCCACGACCGCAAACAACAGGCAGCCCGGCUGUAUUUCUCUUGUUUGGUUCAGGUUCGACGGCAAGUGUGAGUGCGGGUGAGCCAUCCGUGGUGUAUGAGGCCAAGGGCGUGGGGUCGUCGUCGUCUGCCUGUCUCGUGGGAGAGGAUGACGGGGACGAGGAGUGGGAAGAGGUAGGUGGGCUGCCAUGCCAACAGACAGACAGACAGACAGACAGGCGAGGUUGUGUAUGUCUCCACCUCUCUAUGUGUCCAUCUGCGUGUGCUGUACGCUGUGUGUGUGUGUCAGGUGUCGUUGAGCAAGGAGGACAUUGACGAGAUGGAGGAUGAAGAUUACCAGGCCUUCUACAUGCGCCAGUGGAUCUUCUUCCUCUCUGUUUUCUGCUAGAAUGACGCAGUCAGCAUCAACACCUACCUAACUGGCCACGUGACGUGACCAACCAGACAGAGAGAGACAGACAGAUGGCAUAUUGCGAGCGACCCGUUGCUGUUUUUUCGGUGCUGUGUGUGUGUGCACGUGUGAGAGUAUCGCAACGGUCGCAUCGCAGUGUCAGGCCAGGGCACUGUUCCCCACGUUUGCUGCUAUGCCACAUUGACGUGCCCGAUUUAUCCAUUGACGCGCUCGAAUACCGUGUGCGUAUGAUAAUGGGAUGGGGGAGGGACGGAGGGAGGGAGAGAAAACGAACGAUUGCCUCAACCUUUGCUGGAAA